CGGCCCCGCCCCGCCAUGGCGGCCCCGCAGCCCCCCGGUUCCCCCUGGGCCGGGCCGGGGUCGGCAGCGGCGCCCGGAGCCGCCCGGGCCGGGCCGUGCUGGGCCGCGCUGCUCGGCUGCCUCAGCCUGGCCUGCUCCUACGUGGGCAGCCUGUACGUGUGGGGCAGCCCCCUGCCCAGGGACCACCCAGCGGUGAUCAAGCGCCGCUUCACCAGCGUCCUGGUGGUGUCGGGGCUGGCCCCAGCCCUGGUCUGGCUCUGGAAGGAGCUCACGGGGGUCAAGGCUGACACCCCCCUGCCCGCGCUGCUGGGGCUGCGCCUCGAGGGGCUGCUCCCGGCCACGCUGCUGCCUCUGCUGCUCACCAUGAUCCUGUUCCUGGGACCCCUGAUCCAGCUGUCCAUGGACUGUCCCUGGCGGUGGCUCGAUGGCAUCAGGGUGGCCCUGGACCCGCGGGUGUGGGCGCUGUGCCUGGGGGACGUGCGCUGGCUGCGGAACCAGGUGGUGGCCCCGCUGACAGAGGAGUUGGUGUUCAGGGCCUGCAUGCUGCCCAUGCUGGUGCCCUGCACGGGGCCCGGCCCCGCCGUGCUGGCCUGCCCCCUGUUCUUUGGGGUCGCCCAUUUCCACCACGUGAUCGAGCAGCUCCGCUUCCGCCACGGCUCCGUCAGCAGCAUCUUCAUGGCAGCAGCAUUCCAGUUCUCCUACACGGCCGUGUUUGGGGCCUACACGGCCUUCCUCUUCCUCAGGACCGGUCACCUGGCGGGGCCGGUGCUGUGCCACUCCUUCUGUAACUCCAUGGGCUUCCCGGCGCUGGGCGCGGCGCUGGGGCACCCGCGGCGCCGGGCGCUGCUGCCCGCGUACCUGCUGGGCGUGCUGGGCUUCCUGCUGCUGCUGCACCCCCUGACCGAGCCCGCCUUCUUCGGGGUGCGCCCCCCGUGCCGAGAGCCCCCCGCCUGCUCCUGACACGGGCGGGGGGCGCCCGCCCCUCCCCCGGACCGACCCCCCCCCUUUUUAUAGGAGCCACCGCACAGAGUCUAUUUUUGUGAUUAAAGUGGUUUAAGGCUU